CGCAGCGUUUGUAGACUACGUUACUGUUGGUGAACUCGCUUAUUGGUUUUUCUGUUUCAUCUUGUUAUCCUUGACUUUGUGGUUUCUGAGUUGUUAUGAGAUGAAAUUGUUUAAGUUCAUGACAACAUACUCAUUGUUUGCAACUUAGAACACUGCACACUUUAAUCUGAGUUUUCAUCUGACAGAGUUGCCAAAUGUUCUCCUCAGAUUAUGAUGGUUGUGAGUCCGACAGUAGUUCAUCCAGGUAAUUUAUGACCAUCAAUCAUCAUUUGUGUCCUGUUAUUUCGUUAAAGUGAUUUGAGUUAUGACAACAGAAGUGUCAAUGCGAUUGAGAUCUCAAAAGCUAAAGCUAUGGAGUUUGAUGAAUUAAUGAACAAAGAACUUGAUUUAUUGAUCAGAAGCGUUCACCAAAAAGCAACGGAUUUGAAAACAGAAAAAAAGCAAAAUAAAAAUCUCAGAGUAAGAUUUAAAAAGGAUCAUGACAGUGAUGAUGAAUUUCCAGUAGAUAAAGAUCCACUUUGCGAUUAUGAAGAAGAUGAAGCUAAUGCUAAAUGGGUGCAAGAAAAUCUCCCUGGAGGGAAGAGCGAGAAAUCUGAUGCCAUCCUUAACUGUCCUGGAUGUAUGUCUGUGUUAUCUCUAGUUAGUCAUAGGCACCCACAUUUCAAGACACAGUAUUAUACAGAAUAUCCUAUCAAUUGUGUUGUGGACGAAACUCAAAUCAUAUCUCGAACGAUAUCAAAACCACAUAUUGCGAAAAAAUCUCCAGAGAACAAUUUGGAAUCAAACCGGAAUGUCAUGAAGGAAUAUCACCCGGUCACUUGUAAAGUAUGCGGUAAUUCAGUCGGAUGUAAGGAAAUCCAGACCAAUAUGAUCUACUUCAAUGACAUACUUGCAAGUCAUAGUUAACCGAAGGCAUUUUUUGCACAGGAUAAGUUGUAUGGCUACUUAAUAAUAUUAAGUAGCUUGUUCCGAGUAACAUCAAUUCAUGGACUAGGACUUUUUGUGAACAACUUUAUUUCAUUGUAUAUAAAUAAAUUGCUUUUUUUAUCUCGGAAAUUAAUAAAAUCUCGUGCAAAAGCACUUCAUAAUUGUUUUUCCUCUAGAAUACUUAAAACAAGAAUUUAGAAACUGUCAGCUUAUUCCAUUUCAUUAGUUUAGUCCUCUACCAUGUCAUGUAAUUCACAUUGAAGUCGAAUUGUUUGUUUUUCAUGAUGAUGAAAAUCUAAUAAGUUUUUUUUGCAUAAAAAAUAGGCGCUUUGAAAAUUUCAGGCCUCAAAAUAAUAGUUGUUGAUGUCGUGAAAUUUCUUACAAAUGUAGCAUCUGUCUACACGUAAACGUUAAAUUUAGAAUAUAAUUGUAAGCGAAGAUUAUUAUUUUCAUCUUAUCACAGCUAUUCGUGUGGGAAUCUGUUAUGGAUGUGAAAUUCCUAAAUGCAACUUAGAAUAAAAUUAAUAUAUACCUAAUAUGAAUUUUAUUUACAUUAAUUUAUUCAAUUUGAAUUCUGUUAAUGAACUUUCAAUUGCAUUUUUCACUAUGAU